CCUGGUUGAUGCUUUGCAAACAAGGAUCUGUUCUUGAGAAGUAUCAAUAAAUGUUAAAGGUGUAUAUGUCCAGGUGACCUUCUGUAACAUCUUACCUGUUACUACUACAACUGAACCAGCUACUACCACACCUGUACCCAGCAUCAUGCGCCUUGUAAGACUGAUUGCGUUCACCUUGCUGGCUGCAGUUUGCUGUACACUACCAGCUGCAGCGACUAGAGUGGUUACCUGUGACUAUGGAGAAAACGUCCAGUUCCUGAUCUGUGAUUCUGGAGUGAUCUUCAUUGAGAGAGCUCUGUAUGGACGGACUGACGGAACCACCUGCAGAGAAGGACAACCUGCCAAUCAGCUGACCAACACACAGUGUUCACAGACAGGCACCCUGGAGGUCCUCUCACAGAGGUGCAAUGGGAAACAGGUGUGUGAAGUGAACACUGAAGUCUUCCGUACUUCUGACCCCUGUUUUGGAAUCUACAAAUACCUGGAAACCACCUACACCUGCAUCCUAGCAACACGCAGAAUCACGUGUGAAGGCUCUGAUGUUUUACUAGAAUGUGAUGAAGGUACGAUCCAGAUCCACAGUGCUAACUAUGGCCGCCGUGACCAGCUAGUGUGUUCCUUUAAUCGGCCCGCUAACCAACUAGCCAACACCAACUGUCUCAGCCAAUCCACAACUGCCAGUAAGGUGGCAAAGAGGUGUAAUGGGAAGAGCCAGUGUGACGUCCCGGCGUCCAGUUCUCUGUAUGGGGAUCCCUGUGUAGGAACCUACAAGUACCUGGAUGUGGCUUACACCUGUGGUUAAACGUGAGGCACACACACGAACGCACUCACAUGACUGGGAAGUAGAAUACUGGGGUUGACCGUUUUUUGUUU